AUGAGUGAGGAGUUGAUACCAUCAACUGAGCUGUCGUUAUUUGCCGAGAAAUGUCCGUUGGGAGAUGAGUCCCCUACAACGAAAAAUUGGUUACAGCACAAUAUUCCUGAAGAUAUAUGCGUGUCGUGGAAAGAAACUUCAGAAGAUAGAAUUAAAGAACUUGCUAAAUUUGAUAUUCAAGAUAUUUUUAAGGAAUGGCCACGAUAUUUCGAUUCCAAUGGGUACCAGUUGAUUGAUAUUGAUUUUGACACUAUGUUUCCUGGAAAAUCAGAUCUAAUGUUUAACAAAAUUGAAAGCGUUGAGGAAGCAAUAACGAAAGAGCUUUUCCAUUCAUUAAUAAAAGAUAAACUGAACCUGACGUAUUACGACGCCAUGCUUGGAGCACUUGUUGCAAGUUUUUUAUUUAGAUUGCAGGCAUUAUUAUCUUAUAAACUUACUACAUGCAGUAAUAACCCAACUCAAAACUUAAAGGAAUUCUAUGUCUGUGUUGACAACAUUAAAUAUAAAGUAGGUAGCUUAAUUAGGGCUAUAGAUUUAGUUGUAAAAGUGUCUUCUGUAUUCAACAUUGAAUAUUCCGCAAAGAGCAAAUAUGUAAUGAAGAAAUGGUUGAGUUCGGAUCACUAA